AUGCCGGACAAUAGGGAGGUCCGAAAGGCGCUUGAGAAUUGCAAGAAGCGGGUGGCGUACGACCGGGGCAGCCCGGACGACAAGUGGAGGGGCAAGUUGACAGGCUCUCCCGAGAUGGCCGUCCGAUCGGCGCAGGCGAGGCGGUACUGGCGGAUGGCGAAGGCGGGCGCCGCCGAGAUUUGGUGCCUCCUGCGGCAGCGCGAGGCGCUCCGCGCCCUCGCGAUGCUGCUCCUGGGCCCCCUGCUGAGCUACCUGGCCCUGGUGCUGGCCCAGCGGUGGGCCGCCGGCCGCGCCGGGAGCGAGGGGCUCGGCGCCAGGUGA